AUGGGGGUCUUUCGGUGCUCCGGCGGCUGGCCGGCCGGCGGUGGCGGUGUGCAACGGAGCCUGGGACACCAAACGCAAUCGCAGGAGGGCCUCCAAACGGGGAAGGGGCCUGGGACACCACCCCAGGGGGGACACCGAACGGCAGCGGCGACUGAGACGACGCACUUGGAGGCCCUCCGAACGGUGGCGGCGGCUGGGACAUUACCCCAGGCUGUCCGCCAAAGGGCAGCGAGGUGGAAGUUAAAAGCGUCGGCGCCCGCACGAACGGCGGUGCGGGCGGGCUACCAGGGAAGGCAAGACGGGCAGCGGACGGUGGAGGGCCCGGACGCGCGGCUAAGGUGGGUGGAACUUUGCUGCCUGUUGCACCAUAAUAUUUCUUACUUUAAGGACAAAGGUUCUGAUGAGGUUGUAUUCAAGGCCAUGGGGAGGGCUAUCAAUAAGACUGUCAUGGUUGUGGAAUUGAUCAAGAGGAGGAUUGUUGGCCUCCAUCAGAAUACCACCACUGGAUCUACUGAUAUUACUGAUAUGUGGGAGCCAUUGGAGGAAGGCCUACUUCUGCUUGAGACAACAAGACUUGUCUCUAUGAUCACUAUAACUCUUUCAAAGAAGGAAGUGGACACAUCAUCUAUCGGAUAUCAAUCUCCUUUGCCUCCUGAUGAAGUGAAGCCUUUGGUUAAAUAUGAUAAUGAUGAAGAUGCACACUCACCUGGUGGCCGUGGAAGGGGUCGUAGUGGUCGAGGCUGUGGGCAGGGCAGGGGCAGAGGUGGAUGUAGUGAGGCUGAAAAUGGGUUCAAUGAGUUUGCUGAUGUUGGUUGGGAAGACGAUCACGCCCCUGCAUAUAUGGGCAAUGGAUAUGCCUGUGGAAGAGGUCGCAGUUUCAGGGGUCGUGGCAGGAGAGGCGGCUACAAUAACCAGCCUGAAUACCAACAGGACGGAGGUUAUUACGAGGAGGCACCUGUUCAUGCUCCAGCUUUAGAUUUUCACCAUUUGUAAUGGAACUGAAACCAGCCUCUCAUCGAAGUGGAAACCUUUUUUUAGUCGUAAACAUUUACAUGGUUUAUCCAGUGGUAUGCUGAUGAAAGAUGCUAAGUUUCGCUUAAUAUAAUGUAUAUGAAGGUCCUGGGUACCUCAAAUUUUGUCCACAUUGAACCAGUACGAAUGACAUCUUCCUUGAAAGUUAUAGAAAUGCUUCAAAGUU